GUCCUCGCGCAGUGCGCUUGCUUGUCACUUCCCCACUCUAAAAUCACUAAGGAUAACACAGGUGCUCGAGACACAUCAACGACACGACGGAGUCCAUUUAAGACGCAGUGUGUAGAAUUAAAUGUUUUUACAGGUCUAGGUCAGUCCGACAGGUACGCUGGAAGGGACGUUGUUUUUCUGACGUAUGCUUGUGUUCAACAUGGAUUAAUAAGCAGCCGGUGAGGCUUCAUACAGUGCAGUUGCCCGUAGAUGAACGACCCGCAUCAUGCCGCCGGGGGUUUUCUGCGACCUGCAGGAUGUCUGGGAGAAGGAGGGUCGGGAACAGGUCACUAUGGAGUUCCUCCUGCCAACGGGAAUCUACCUCAGUUUUCCCGUAGCAUGCAGUGAUACCAUUGCCACAAUUAAAAAGAUAUUGUGGAAGAAUGCCCGGAGUGAGCCGCUCUUCAGCAUCCUGAGCAGUCCCGAUGCCUAUGUGUUUACCUGCAUCAACCGCACGGCAGAGCGGGAGGAUCUGGAGGAUGAGCAGAGGCGACUGUGUGAAGUACGGCCCUUCCUGCCUGUCUUCAGGCUGGUUGCACGCGAAGGAGACCGAGUGGAGAAGCUCAUCAACACCCAGAUCAGCCUGCUCCUGGGGAAAGGCCUGCACGAGUUUGACACCCAAAAGAACCACGAGGUAAACGAGUUCCGGGCGAAAAUGCGCUCCUUCUGCGAGGAGAAAGCUCAAGAUCGGCAUCUGUUGCCAUGGCACCAGUGGAUGGAGUACAACUUUCCCUGUGACUUGGAGCCGUUCUCCCCGGUGGCUCAAUGUGGGAAGGCACACACAAGCACCAAAAAGAUUUUUAUCAAUGUCAAGUUUGAGGCCAGCGAGGAGAGCUUCAUGCUGCAGUUGGACCCACAGGAUCUGCCCCUGGUUUUGAUGAAGAGUGCACUCCGGAAAAAAGCCACGGUAUUCCGUCCAGUCAAGCAGGACAAGCUCGAGGAUUACACCCUACAGGUCACCGGGAGAUGGGAGUUCAUCUAUGGGAAAUACCCGCUGUGCAGGUUCAAAUACAUUUUCUCGUGCUUGUACGGAGGCCAGACUCCCCAUCUGACCAUGGUGCAUCACUCUACUAUCUUAAAAUACCAGGAGGAGCAGGGAGGCUUGAGCAACCACAUGUCCAAGAGCCGCUCUCAGUCUAAACCUCCACCUCUGCCUCUGAAAAAGCAAAACACUUUAUCGCUGUGGUCCAUACACGAGCCCUUCUUCAUCCACCUGCUGCAUGGCACUCGUGUAAACGCUGAUGAGAGCAUGAAGCUGGUGGUGCAGGCAGGCCUUUUCCAUGGCAGCGAGCUUCUCUGUAAAGUAGUAACCAGCAGCGAGGUCACCGUGUGCUCCGACCCGGUGUGGGACCAGAAGCUUUCGUUCGACAUCCACCUGUGUGACCUUCCUCGCAUGACACGCCUCUGCUUAGCCCUCUAUGGAGUUCUCGACAAGCCCAGGAAGCAGCGGUCAACCAAAAAGAAGAACAAAAAGGCUGACUGUCCUUUGGCCUGGGUCAACACCAUGCUGUUUGACUAUAAGGACCAGCUGAAGACAGGAGAGAUCUUCUUGUCCACUUGGCCAUCAGCUCCAGAUGACAAAGGUGAUCUGCUGAAUCCUAUGGGCACAGUGGAGAAAAACCCCAACAUGGACAGCUCUGCAGGCCUCCUCAUUCACUUCCCCAGUUUCAAGCCACAUCCUCUUUACUUCCCUCCUUUGGAAAAAUUGCAUGAAGUAAACGGAGAGAAGGCAGUUGUCACGAAGGAGGAGCAUCUAAAACUGAAAGAGAUAGUGGACAAUAAAAACCACACCGACUUCUUUGAGGACGAGAAAGAGCUGCUGUGGAAGUUGCGUGGGGAGGUCAGAGCGAAUUACCCAGAGAGCCUCUCCAAACUGCUACUCAUCACCAAGUGGAAUAAACGCGAGGAUGUCGCCCAGAUCGUGGCUCUGUUACAGAAAUGGCCAGACCUGCCAGCUCUGCAUGCUCUGGAGUUGCUGGACUAUACUUUCCCCGACCCCCAUGUCCGCUCGUUCACCAUCCGCUGCCUCAGGAAGCUGCGUGAUGACGAACUCUUCCAGUACCUCCUGCAGCUGGUCCAGGUUCUGAAGUAUGAGCCAUACCUGGACUGUGACUUGACCACCUUCCUCCUAGAGCGAGCUUUAUCUAAUAAAAGGAUAGGCCACUUCCUAUUUUGGCAUCUCAAGUCUGAACUGCAUGUGCCCUCUGCCAGUCUGAAAUUUGGCCUUAUUCUGGAGGCUUACUGCAGAGGAAGCAUCUACCACAUGAAGACUCUCAUGAAGCAGAAUGAGGCUCUGAGUAAAAUGAAAGCUCUGAAUGACUUUGUGAAGUCAGCCUUUCAGAAGUCGGCAUCCAGAUUGCAGAUUACAGAGGACAUGAAACUGUGCAUUAAACAGGACACGUACUUGGAGGCGCUGUCUGGCGUCUUGUCCCCACUCAACCCGAGCAUCAUCCUCUCUGAAAUCUGCACGGACAGGUGUAAAUUUAUGGAUUCUAAGAUGAAGCCUCUCUGGCUGAUGUACAAGAACAAGUGCGUCCAGUCAGACACGUCAGGCAUUAUCUUCAAGAAUGGAGACGAUCUGAGACAAGAUAUGCUAACUCUUCAAAUGAUCCAGCUAAUGGACAUUCUGUGGAAGUCUGAAGGGCUGGACCUUAGAAUGAUCCCCUACGGCUGUUUGUCCACCGGCGAUAAGACUGGGCUUAUAGAGGUAGUGAAAAACUCUGACACCAUCGCAAACAUCCAGAGAAACAAGAGCAACAGCGCUGCCACUGCAGCCUUCAACAAAGAUGCUCUUCUAGACUGGCUCAAAUCCAAAAACCCAGGGGAUAAACUGGAGCAAGCCAUUGAGGAGUUCACACUGUCCUGUGCAGGCUACUGUGUAGCUACUUAUGUUUUGGGAAUUGGGGACCGCCACAGUGACAACAUCAUGAUCCGGGAGAAUGGUCAGUUAUUCCAUAUAGACUUCGGGCAUUUUUUGGGGAACUUCAAGGCGAAGUUUGGGAUCAACCGAGAACGUGUGCCUUUUAUUCUGACUUACGACUUUGUCCACGUCAUUCAGCAGGGCCGGACUAACAACAGUGAGAAAUUUGAACGUUUCCGUGAGUGUUGUGAACAGGCCUAUAAGAUCCUGUGUAGAAAUGGAACUCUAUUCGUCAACCUCUUUGCCUUGAUGAGAGCUGCAGGUCUCCCUGAGCUCAGUUCCUCCAAAGACAUUCAGUAUCUAAAGGAUUCCUUAGCACUCUGCAAAACUGAGGAGGAAGCACUGAAGAAUUUUAAAGUGAAGUUCAAUGAAGCUUUGCGAGAGAGCUGGAAGACCAAGGUGAACUGGAUGAUGCACACUUUUGCCAAAGAUAACAGAUGAACUCCGGCAUGUUGAAGCAGAGGCUUAGGCAUGUCAUUCAAUUCAAGUCCUGUUUUUAAAGACAAGAUUUGAAGCAGAUCCAGAACUAGUUUCUUGUAAAGUGGAAAUGCCACUGUUGACUGUCUGUCUGUCUGUCUGUCUGUCUUUUUCUGUAUUGUUUACUUGUUAAUGUCUUCACUGCAAUUCAGUGAAGAUCUGCAGCUACACAAUGUCUGUAUGAAUUAAUUGAGAAACAUAAGCAACUCUUCAUUGAUCCUCGAUAAUUUAUCCUUAUUGACCUGAUGCUUGGUAUCGCACUGGAAAAAUGUUUUUGAACUUUGAACAUGGGAUUUGAGAAAGCAGGAGUAUUUAUAACAGUUGUACAUAAGAGAUUGACUACUGGCCAGGAGAAAGAAACACACAGUGUUUCAUAGCGUUUACAUUCCAUCCUGCUUAAAGUUUUACUUUAUCUAUUUGUACUUGAAUGUUUUGGUUGUAAAUAUUCUUUAUUUUGUGACUUGUAUUUUGGUAUUUAAAGUUUUGAGCAGUAUUUUGGAUUCUUUUUUAAUUAUGUGCAUAAAGGAAAAAUCAUGAGAUCGUUCAUAAUUAUGGAUUUAAGACAGCAUUUAUACUGGAGAAAAGCAGAACUGAGCCUGUAAUGUUUCGCGUCUCGGAUAUUUGUGACCUGUGGAACUGAGAUAUUUAUUAUGAUCUAAAGAGUUUCUGCACAUUUUCUCCGUGUGUAUGGGUUUCCUCUGGGUUUUCUAGUUUCCUCCCACCUCCUAAAAACUAGUGAGAGCUAUCUUGUUGAUCGGUUAUGUUUAAUUGUCCAUCGGUGUGAAUGAGUGUGUACGAUACCUUGCACUGGACCGUAAUCCUGUCCGGUUACUGGGACAGGCUUCGGAUCCACCGUGACCCUGACCAGGAUGCAGCAGUUACCGAAGACUGAAGAAUAAAUAAAUGAAUGGAUACUUUAGUGUAUGUUUUCCAGACACAUGUCGACCCAGGAUGUUCCACAAUUUAUUCAUUGUGUGUUCUCUCCACAAACAUAGAUCAGUUGAAAUGAUCUACCUCUUUGGUAAACAACAUGGUAAAUUUUAUUUUAUUUUUUUGGUCCUGGCAGUUUAAAGAGUCGCUAAGUAUUGAAAACAACGUGUCUACGUUUGUGAUGAACUUCACUCAUACACUUUUGAGCUAUUUUUUGUUUGUGUAAAAUCGCACUCCUAUUCUUAAUAUUUAAGUGCAGCUAUGUAUUUCGUUGUGAUUCAUUUUGAUGUCGAGAUUAAAUCUGCCUUAUUUUCACAAUGUUAGCAGUAAAUAACAUGAUGUAUUCUUUUAUGACCUGAAUGGUGUCAAAUGUGUCAUUGUUUGUUUGAG